CAAACAAUCCAAAUCCCGGCACGAGAGUGACGUACACACACACGGCUACGUCUCGCGUGCAUGCAAAUUAUUUACGUGAAAUUAUAUUCACUCUACGCCAGACCUCCCCGACGACCACUCCUGUGCACGCCGAGGACAACGAAAUUCAGGAGAAUUCAGACUUCGCAUUUGACAGCUGUUUUUAGUGAUAAAGACAACAAAAACGGAGGACUCAAAUAAUACAACAGAUUAGUGCAUGUGAAAGUUACUCUCUUCUAGUUCAACUGAGUAACUGAAAUAUUGUUUCUACUUUGAUAAAAGGAUUUAAAAAAUCAAGCAAAAUGACGACGGUUUUACCAACUCCGCAACAGAAUCAGAAAAGUGGCACCUACACUUUCGCCAGUCAACCGAGAGCGGUUCCUCAGAGGAAAAAAUACAGAGACCCACUUGCACAAAACCCAGAGCCAGUGCCAAUUGGUAAUAUAAUGUACGACAGGCGAAUUGUCAGAGGAAACACAUACGCACAACACACUCUACCUGCGACAGCUCAACCCGAUCCGAUAGAGAUCCAGAGACAACAGGAGAUUAGGAGGCGUAAGAUCGCAGCCAAGAGGGCCAAGGAUCAACUUAGACCGAGAUCCCCUGAGCCUGUAGAAGGAAGGAAACACAUCGACGUCCAGACUGAACUGUACUUGGAGGAACUCAGUGACAGAGUAGAGGAAGCGGAUGUCGAAGCCCAGACCGAUGCGUUCCUUGAUAGACCACCAACGCCGCUCUUCAUUCCUGCCAAGACCGGCAUGGAUGUUGCUACACAGAUCUACGAAGGGGAUCUAUUUGACUUUGACAUUGAAGUCAAACCGAUCCUAGAGGUGCUGGUAGGAAAGACCGUAGAGCAGGCUCUACUUGAAGUCAUGGAAGAAGAAGAACUGGCCAAUCUGAGAGCGCAGCAGCGAGCAUUUGAAGAACUCCGCAACGCAGAGCUUGUAGAGACACAGAGAUUAGAAGAACAAGAGAGGAGGCAUAGAGAAGAGAAGGAGAGGAGGAUGAAGCAGCAACGGGAGGUAUUAAAGAAAGAGAAGGAGACGGCGGAGAAGAUCGCAGCGAGAGCCUUUGCCCAGAGCUACCUUGCAGACCUUAUACCAUCAGUGUUUGGUACCCUCAACGAUAAUGGUUAUUUCUAUGAUCCAGUUGAGAGGGAUGUUGAACUAGGUUUUGUGCCUUGGCUCAUGGACGAGGUUGCCAAGUGUAUCGACAAAUCAAUUCUUGGAAGGACUGUUCUCGAUGGUAUCAUUAGGGAUGUGGUCAAGGAGAGGAUGGCUGCGUACUUCAAACUGGAAGAAUCAGGACAGACAAGUAACAUUGAAUUGAUUGCUGAAGCAGCUCAACAGAUCUUAGAAGAACAAAUGAACAACGGCGUUGAGGGACAAGAACCUGCUGCUCAGGAGGAAACUGUCGCUGAAGGAGAGAGCAGACCUGAAACUGCCCCUGAGCCAGCCAAUGAGGAUGAACAAGAGGAAGGCGAAGGUGAUGACGCGGAAUGAAGUAUAUGGGACUGACAUUGUCAAUUAUAAAGAAGAAAUCAUCAACUACACUCAAGAUAUAUACUGUCUUUAUCGCCAAAGCAUGUUCAAGCUUUUUACAAAAGCGCAUUUUAUGGAUAAACUGAACUACAAAUUAAAGUAUUUCUGAAGACAUCCGUCUGCACGUUAUCAGUGAUUAUAGGUGUAAUGCAGCUUGAAAGUGCAGAAUACUAAAGCGAGAUGCUACAUUUGUUCACAAACACAGAAUCAAAUGUAUGGGACUGAGAUUAUUAGCCAUACAGAGGAGAAUCGUCAUAUAUCUUCCUUACCAAACUAUGUUGCAGCUCUCAGGCUUUUUAAUUUCAAACUGUAUUUUAUUGAUAAAGUGAAGCACAAAUUAUGUACAAAAAUAGUACAUCAACCUACACAUUCAGUGUUAAUUUGUGUGAUGCCGUCAGAAAAAUGCAGAAUAUGCAAGGUUAUGGAAUUGAAUAUUUUUCGAGACGUUUGAUGCUGUAGCAUCGACACUGAUGUGCAUGAAUUGAUUUGAAAUCAAUAUAAUGAAGAGUAACUCCAGUGUACCUGCAUUUCGGAAUGCACUUUUAUAGAAAAUUUAUUAUAUUAGUUUAAUGAAUUUACUGGAAUUUAAAGAUCAAUUAGCGAAUUCGGUGAAUUAAAUUUGGACUAAUGUGCCGAUUGCCACUCUAUAAAUAUUGGAGCACAUUGUGAAUGUUUUACUAUUACCUGUAAAUAAGAAUGUAUUUAUGUUAUAAACUCAGAUCUAUGUAAAUCAUUCAUGAAAUUGUUCCAGUUAUUGAAUCCCCCCUCCCCCUAAUAUUUCCUAGAAAUAGGUAAAUAGCGAAAUUGAUGCCUAGAAUUCAAAAAAUAAAAUGAUUCUGAUACAAAGUUAGACUUUGUCAUGAGAAGCUGUACUGGGGCCUGUUGCAUGAAAAGUUCUGUAUAGUGGUAGCUGUGUCACCCAAUGGUAAUUCACCAUGGUAACAAUACUCUACAGCCAAUCAGAAUGAAAGAUUCCAUGCAAGCUAGCAAAGCUACCAUUGGAUAGCAAAGUUACCACAACAGUAACUCUGGGCCAGAUUCAUUAAGACUUGUUGCAAUAACAAAUGCAUUAUUUUUAUUUAAAGAAAUAUUUCCAACCAAUCAGAUUAAAGGAUUUCAGUAGCUUUAAACUGCUACUGCAAAUUUGUUAUUGCAACAAGUUUUAUGCAACAGGCCCCCUGGUGCGUUUCUCAUCAGAAUGAAACCAAGUACUUUGUUUACAAAUUCAUGUAUUCAAAACACCAGUACAUUUGUGUGUAUAUUUUCUUGUAACACGUAUUCAAAUAAAUGAUUGUAUAUUUACAUGA